GUAUCCUUUCUUACGGCUGCGUGGUGGAGAUAUUCUCUCUCUUUUGUUUUUGGGCGUGUGUUUGGCCCGAUCCGGUAAACUGAGCUCGUGCGGCUGCGCAAAUGGAGGAUUCGAGCUGCAACUCGCCGUCGCCGCCGAUCUUCCGUAACAGAUACUGGAUCCUCCGUCACGGCCGCAGCGUUCCCAACGACCGCGGCCUCAUCGUCUCCUCACUGGAGAACGGCACGAAGCAGGAGUUCGGGCUGGCUCCGCUGGGCGUCCAGCAGGCGCGGUCCGCUGGCGAAUCGCUCCGGAAGGAGCUUGAGGAGAUGGGUGUGCCGGUAGAUUCUGUCAAAAUUCAUUAUUCACCGUUCUCGCGGACCACGGAGACGGCCAGGGUGGUCGCCGGCGUGCUUGGUGUUCCAUUUGAGGGUCCCAACUGCAAAGCAGUGGUAGAACUUCGUGAGCGUUAUUUUGGACCAUCAUAUGAGUUGCUUUCACAUGAGAAGUAUGCAGAGGUAUGGGCGGUAGAUGAAGCUGAUCCCUAUAUUGCUCCAGAAGGUGGCGAGAGUGUUGCAGAUGUUGCUAGUAGAUUUGCAGCAAUGCUGUCUUCUGCAGACAUGGAGUUUCAUGGCUCUGCUGUUCUUAUUGUCAGCCAUGGGGAUCCACUACAGAUCUUUCAAGCAGUACUCAGCGGAACCAAGAAAAUCACAUCUUUCCUUGAGGAGGUAAGUGACCUGCAAAAGAAAAGCCUGAUAGCUCCAUCCCUGUUGUCAGGGCACCGCAAAUUUGCACUAAACACAGGAGAGCUGCGCCGACUUGUGUGACUUCUGCAGUUUGGAUCCUACACCGCUACAGGAUAUAUAACUGAAAGUUAUAAAUCUGCAAAUUAUGCUUGAUGUGGCACUAAGCAAUCCGAAAACCAGAAGAACUGAAAUUCAAAUGUUGAAUAUAACUGACAGUUCUUUGUGACUUUUGUGAGCUGGAAUUGUUUCAUGACCUUGAAGAACUGAAUUUUGGACUUUCACAUGGGAGUCAAUAAUUUCACAGCAUGAUUGAGAAUUUGCAGCACUCUAAAUUGGGCAUUCUGAAAUUCAAUUUGGUUGUAACUAGGUGAAUAUUUCUCCUGGCUAGUUUGCAAGCACAUGCACGCAAGUGGAAUUCUAAACGCAUGCCGAGAUCCUCUAAGGCUGAGUUUAGCGUUGAGGUGGAUUAUGAUAAUCUAGUUUUUCUAACUAGCUUUUGUCUAUAUUUUUUUGUUUUGCUAAUGACAUUUUUCUACUUUUUAAUGUAUUUUCCUAUGACAGAUAAAAAAUUAAGUUAUAGCACAGUUUGUAAGCACAAACUGAGCCUAUCUUGCUUAA